AUGCUGCCGAAUGCUUCCAGCUACAGGAAGUUUCGCGGCCUGUCGGAGGAAGCACACCUCCCUUACCCACCUCCGGUUCCAUACACAGAAUCCCGCAGACUAGACAGACGAUCGAUUCUCUUUAAACCACACUUCCACAUCAUCUACACACCUCAGGUCAUGCGCGUGAGCGGACAAAAUCUGUACUUUUACGCCCCUAGUGUCAUCUACCAACACCCCUUGCGCUACAUCCCCCUCUCCACCUCAGACGGAGCGGGUGGUUAUUCUAUGUUACCCCCAUGCUAG